AGGCGAGGGCUUGCCUGCUCUGCAAUGGGGCAAUGGUACAAGGUGGUGUAGCGGGCAGAGUGGCGAUAAAGCCUGAAGACGGCGACCUGAAAGCAUGCUGAGUCCCAAGAUUAAGCAGGUUAGAAGAGCCCGCUCGAAGAGCAUGGUGAUGGGCGAGGCAGCGCGUCCCUCCAGCAGACCGUCCUCCCCCUGCCUCCAGGAACGGGCCUUGAAGUCGGGAUGGUUAAAGAAGCAGCGGAGCAUCAUGAAGAAUUGGCAGCAGCGGUGGUUUGUGCUGAGGGGGGAGCAACUCUACUACUACAAGGAUGAGGAAGAGAACAAGCCACAGGGUUCUAUCCAACUGCAAGGGAGUCAAGUGAAUGAGUUUGCAGCAAACCCUGAGGAGUCCAGCAAACACCUGUUUGAGAUCGUCCCGGGGGGUGUUGCGGACCGUGAGCGGAUGGCUGUGAAUCAUGAAGCUUUCAUCCUUAUGGCAAACUCCCAGAACGACAUGGAGGACUGGGUCAAGGCCAUUAGACGAGUGAUAUGGGCUCCAUUUGGCGGAGGUAUAUUUGGACAGCGUUUGGAAGAUACGGUGCAGUGCGAGAGGAAGUUUGGAAGGCAUUUGGCUCCAUUACUAGUGGAACAGUGUGUGGACUUUAUCAGAGAACAUGGACUCAACGAAGAAGGGUUAUUCCGCAUGCCUGGGCAAGCCAACCUGGUCAAAGAGCUCCAGGAUUCUUUCAACUGUGGAGAGAAGCCGCUAUUUGACAAGAACACAGACGUCCACACAGUCGCAUCCCUGCUGAAGCUGUACUUGAGGGAGUUGCCAGAACCAGUCAUCCCGUUUGCCAAGUAUGAGGACUUCCUUUCAUGUGCACAGCUGCUGGCCAAGGACAAAGAAGAGGGUGUCCAGGAGCUGAUCAAACAGGUUGCUGGACUGCCUCAGGCCAAUUACAAUCUGCUCAAAUACACCUGCAGGUUCCUUGAUGAAGUUCAGUCUUAUUCAAGUGUCAAUAAAAUGAGCGUCCAGAAUCUUGCCACAGUCUUUGGACCAAAUAUCUUGCGUCCGAAGCUGGAGGAUCCAGUGACUAUAAUGAAAGGUACCUCCCUGGUGCAGCAUUUGAUGACGGUGUUGAUCAGCGAACAUGCCCGAGUGUUCCCUAUAGUUGCCAGCGACAUCCCGGUGCCGGCGCCCGAGUCCAGGUCACUGAGCAAGCGCUGCCUGGUGGAGUGGGUGUCGGAGGAGGAGAGCGAGGAGACCAAGGCUGACAACCAGGCGGGCAGCGCCUGCGACAGCUCCACCUCGCUGGACGUCAACGUCAGCACCCCCGUGACCGUGGCUAAAACCACGUCUCGCGAGCGGGCGGACAAGCAGCUUGCGGGCAGCACCAGCCCGGGCCGGAGACUGCAAACUCUCCCCGGGUGGAAAUACACCUUCAAGCAGGCGGGCGGGAGAUCGGGCAGCGCCAAGGUGAGCGGCUCCAACCUAGAUAUUCCCCACUUGACCGCCAGCGGGAAUUGGCUGAUGAACGGCCUGUCCUCGCUCCGAGGGCACAGAAGGACUUCAUCUGGGGACAGAAUCAAAGAGACUGGGUCCUCCCGCCUGUCCACCUACGACAAUGUACCGUCGUCUAACCUGUCGCUGAGCGCCGGCGACCGACACAGUGUCGCCAGCACCACCUGGUCCACGUCCUCCUGUGAAAUCUCCGUCGUCGACUCCGGCAGCUCGCUGGCCUGUCGGGAAAGUGACUCCUCCGCGCUGAACGGCACCCGGGGGGAGUGGCGGCCGCAGGGCAGGCACCCCCGUGGCGAGGCCCAGCGCAGCGAGCCCUUCGAGACCUGCGGCAGCAGUGCCAGCUGCAGCGACAACAGUGAUGCCCUCUUCCCCUCCACUGAACCUGCCAUGUGCUCCAAGGCACUUCAGAGCCUGGUCUCUGAGCUCAAGUGUGAACUGACCAAGCAAAGGGCGGAGUACGAAACCAGGAUCAAAAGGCUGGAGGAGUCGAGUACAGAGCUUCGAGUGCAAGUCAACAGACUGGAAGAGGAGUUGGACCAGGGCAAAAAGAAAUACACCAUGCUGGAAAUAAAGAUGCGCAACGCAGACCGAGCACGUGAAGAUGCCGAGAAGCGGAACCAACUCCUGCAGAAGGAAAUGGAGAACUUCUUUGCCACGUUAGGAGACUUUACACUGGAACCCAGGAACACCAACCCCAAAUAGUUCUUAAACCUGCAACAUGCCGGAACCUGAAGACACCCGUUUACAAACUUCAUUGGCAUUUUAUACGAAGCAUAUGCAUUUAUUUUUAAUGUUAUGAUUUUAAUGUGGUAUGAGUAUUAAUAGUCAAUUCUGUUUAGUUC